AGCACUCACGCAGUCUGGGCUGGGUCUGCGUGCUGCUUACAAGGAGGGGAACUCUUGAAUUCAUGGUGGUGCAGUGAUAACCUGAGCACUUCUUUUUUUUUUUCCUUCCUUUUUUCUCCUGCACAGGGAAAGGCUCAUGUCUUUCUUAUAGACAUGAUGAGCUUUGUGCAUUUAAGGACUUUCCUUUUUCUGGUGGUCUCCGUGGCUCAGGUUUUGAUUGUGUCAUGUCAAGACGGGACCAGCGGAGAUGACGCGGGCUGCACGGCGGACGGGCAGACGUACACCAACAGGGACAUCUGGAAGCCGGAGCCAUGCCGGAUCUGCGUCUGUGACAACGGCCAGGUCCUCUGCGACGAGAUCCAGUGCGUUGAGCUGAGUAACUGCGAGAAGAUGUACAUCCCCGACGGCGAGUGCUGCCCCGUUUGUCAGAUGGAUUCACCCGGCGGCGGCGGCGGCGGCGGCGGCGGCGGCGGAGGAGGAGGUGGAGGAGGCGGAACUAUCGGUGAGCUGACGGCCGCCUUCUGUGAACGUUUCUCGGGGUGAAGCGUUGGGGAAACGUGCCCAACUUCCGUUA